UAAUUUUUAUCGUCAAUAGUCCAGAGAUGCUGGGGAGACCGUUGACCUUGCCUGCACAAUCUUGUUGCGCUGUAAGUGCCGCUGACGUCUCACUGCCGGUUGAUCUUGCUGCUUCUCCACCGGCUAUCAUACCAUCAAACACAAGUUUUUCGAGUAGACUUUUACCAAGUGUGACCAAAGCAGCAUGGGCACCAAAUGUUUCUAUGAAGAACUGGAUGAUACAUUCUGCACAGAUAGAUGAUAUGAUCACAAGUAAAGAAUAUCAGACUAUGUGGGAAGCUUCUAGACAAGCUCUUGCGACAUUUGAUUUUAGUGUUGAAGAGAAGGACAAGAUACUUGGAAAAGCAUUUGGCCUUGUGAAUUCACCAUAUUGGGGAGAGGAACGUGAGAAAGAAGUACCCAAAUUUGAAACAGUGAAUGGAGUAUUAGAGUAUUUGCGGAGUUUAAGUCUUUCUGAUGACGAUUUGGCCAAGCUGCUCAAGAAAUUCCCUGAGGUCCUUGGAUGCAGUCUAGAGGAUGAGCUGAAAACCAAUGUGAAAAUCCUGGAAAAGGAAUGGGGUAUUGAAGGAAAAUCUCUUCGAAACCUGCUCCUCCGAAAUCCGAAAGUUUUGGGUUACAAUGUAGAUUGUAAGGGAGACUGCAUGGCACAAUGCACUCGAUGCUGGGUUCGUUUCUAGGCUAGCCGCCUUUUGUCCUUUUUGGCAGGGCAACACUUAGGUGAAGUUUCUAAUUGUUUGCUGUCAAGUUCUCUAAUAGAAACGUUACAUGUAGAUAUUCUUCUACAACUUAGCAUCCCAUCAUUGAUUCUUCAAAUAAAGUUCUCUAUGUCAUUCUAUUAGAAGAUGUGAUGGCAGACACUUAAAAAUUGCAUCUAAGUUUUUUCUUUCUAAUAUUCAAGAUGGGGAAGCAUUUCAUUUGAAUUUAUUAUGGAGUUGACUUUAUGUAUAUCUUAUUUAUGAGCAGUAA